AUGGGAGUCUCUCCCAGCGCCUUGAAAGAGUUUUACGUAACCAGGAGUGGAUCAGAAAGUUCCCAGAUACCUUAUCAACAAACCUUCCCAAGCUCCGCUCGGAUCAUAGACCAAUUCUCAUCUGCAGUGACAAUGAUCAUAACCCUCCUAGGCAGGAUCUUUAAGCGCAUCUUGCACGUUGGAACAAAGAGGUGUUUGGAAACAUUUUUUUGGAGGAAAGCUAAACUGUCAAAGAAGCUUACCUGCCUGGAAAUUCAGAACGAGACGGCAGCAAGUGAAGCAUCCCUAAGACGAGAAGGGCAGAUUCGGGAGGAACUUCAGCAGACUUUAUGGCAAGAAGAACUCAUGUGGCUUCAGAAGGCGAGGGCCAAUCAGAUUGUGAAUGGGGAUAAGAAUACUCAUUACUUCCAACAUGUUUCUCUCACGAGAUGCCGGAAAAAUAGAAUAACCAAAUUACAACAAGAGGAUGGGACUUGGAUCAAGGAUCCGAAGAUGCUGAAACUUAUGGCCAGAGAGUUCUAUGUCCGGCUCUACUCGGAUAACAACAUGGGGCAGCAAGAUAUCCCAUCACUUUUCAAUGUUUUGACCGGGGCAAUGACAUCGCACCUUGCCGCCAACCCUCCUCCCGAGGAGACGUAUCAGAUAAUCAAGGAUAUGGGAGGGCUAAAGGCACCGGGGAAGGAUAGUUUUCAUGCUACCUUCUACCAGAAAUGCUGGGACAGGGUGAGAGUUGAUUUCCAUGACCACAUUGUUGAUUGUUUCAGGAACCCGGAGCGGAUCAAGAGGUGCAAUGAAACCCUUCUAGUGUUGUUGUCCAAGGUGGAUUCCCCGAAGCAAGUAGCUCAGUUCAGGCCCAUUGGCCUCUAUAACGUGAUCUACAAGGUCCUGGCAAAGUGUCUGGCGAAUCGGCUCAAAAUUUUUAUGCCUCAGCUUAUCAACCCGAGCCAGUCAAGUUUUGUCCCGAAGAGACAUAUCUGA